AUGACCGAUCCUUUAGAGCCAUUUCGAAAGUUUUCCAAGGCAGACCGACACCAAAGCCCACAUACUCCAGCGUUGGAGGUAACCCUCACUGAGUAUCGAACUUUCUAUACCGAGAACCCGGAUGGAAAUUUCAUAAAAGUCACUAUUGCGCGAUCCAAGGAGCAGCAGGAACCCAAGCCAUGCUACUUCUACUGGUCCCCCAGCACCGAUGAAGGAUUUAGGGUCUUCCGUGACAGGCCCGGUGAGGGCAUAGAGGUGGAGGUACAGUCCAAUUGCUCCUUACCAGUAACGCAGCAAUCGGGCUCCCCCCACCUUUGGUACCUGGGUGCAAAAGAUAAAUCCGUGUCGUGGGAUAUCCCUCUCGGAGAGAAUAUACCCCGAGCGAUUGAGAAAGAUAAAUGGAUCAUAUAUGAUCUCUUCUGGCCCGGGGGCGAGGUGUAUCUCUGGGAUUGGGGACCGAAGGAUACCAAUAAGGAAAAGUUGGAAAGCGCGGAGCUGAAGCCGAAAUCGACCCCGAUAAUACUGCCUGGGGGUGUAUGGUGCAGAUUCUGCUUAAUCGAAGGUAGUCCGCCGCCGCCGCCACCAAGGCCAUUGACUCCUCCAAUCCUCGAACUAGAUCCCAGUACCCUCACCCCAGGCGUGCCCAUUUUCAGCCUCGAGAUUGAAGGCCCGCCGACAUGGAGAACCCAAGAAAGGUGGCCGUUGACCUGGAAGCUUACCUACCACGGGGUAUCAGGAGACGAGACCCCUCGACCAAUUACUUUCUCGGAUACUGGAGAGUGGGAAUCCUGGCGCGGCGAUGGUGUGUGUGGAUACGCCUUGUUCGAGGAUGAAGACGUCCCACGCGCAGUGGGUUCAAGUACAGGGUUUAUAUCUCUCCAGCCCAACGAGACCUGGUGUAAAGUGCAGGGACUUGGAAUGAUGGCUGAUCUACCUGAAGAUGCUCGAGGUGGGGAGGUCAUGCGACACCGAUUUAAAGGAUGCAAAUGGACUUGGUGGGAUUGGGGAACGAAAGGGGAUCAUUUGGAUACCAUUGUAAUGGUAGUCGGAUUCGGGGUGAUCACUAAGCCAGCUGACAAUGACGGACGGCCGGAGGUGGUGGUACCGGCUUCGAAUAUGGUGGAGUUUACAGUUAUAGAACAAGAGAGGGAAACAUAA